UUGAACCGCUAUCCGGUUUGAUCAUAUGCUUAUGAACCGGAAUUCCGACGUCGAACAGAAGCUAAGUUAGGUUAAAGAUUACAAAGAUUCAGAAUUUGAGAAUCAAGAUUAAUCAUCGUUCGAUUCCCAAUCAUUCUCAGGAGAAGAAUCGGAUAUCGGUUCGAUUAACAUGCAAAUGGAGCCACAAAAUGCCCCUAAUUGUGAGCCACUGGCUUUUUUCAACUGUAAGUCAUGUGUCAAUCAUGAGAGUAUUCUAGUUAUAGAGAAAGAUGGUGCUUGUCAUAUGAUUGCAUCGUCUCAAAACCCUGAUAUUCAGAAGCCAGUAAAAAAGAAAACACGCCAGUGGGCUGCCUGGACUCGUCAAGAGGAGGAAAGAUUCUUUACUGCACUACGACAAUUUGGCAAGAAUUUUGAGAAGAUCACCUGUCUUGUUCAGACCAAAAACAAGGAUCAGGUCCGACAUUAUUACUAUCGGCUAGUGAAGCGCAUGAACAAGCUGCUUGGUCCAGGGGUUUGCCUUGAUGCUAAAAACUCAAAAGAUACUAAUGCUGCUAUGCUUCGAUGGUGGUCUGUCUUGGAAAAGUUUAGCUGGAAAACCUCAAAGCUCCAUUUGAAACCUCGGAGGUUCAAGAUAUUCGUGGAGACAUUGGAGAACCAACUCUUGAAAGACCAAAGAAAAGGCAGGAGGAGAAAGCAAUCUGACCAAGAAAGCUUUCCUCCUUCAGUUCCUUCACUUGCAUCAAAUCACUCCAGAGUAUUGGGACAUGAUAAUCAUUCUGGUAAAGUCGUUGUAGUUGAUACUCGAAACAUUAUUAAACCUGGAGUAAAAAGAUCUUCAAUAAGACUCAAUGCAAAUUUGAGAGUCAAUCGGAGCAACUGCAAAGGUGAUUCUAUCCCAGUCAAAAAGAUGACACAACGGAAGAAACCGAGUAUUGCUUCAACUGCUUCAUAUAAGAAAUGGGAGAAGGCAGCAAUGGCAGGAGUUUCACUGGUUGCAGAUGCCGCUGAGCAUCUAGAGAAGGAAACUGUUGAUAAAGAGAAUGCAGGUGUCCACUCCACAGUAACUAGUCUACCAAGGAAAGAGAUUUGUGAUUGUGCUGGAAAAGAUGGUACUCUUGUGCAAGUUGAUGGACCAAGUAUGUUCAGUUUUAGUAAUGUACGAAGUACUGCCAAACUUAAACUUCAGCUAUUCCCAGUUGAUGAAGCUACAAGAAGAGCCUUGGAAAUGGAUAAUCACAAUCCACAUCUAGAGCUUACACUCGGGAUAAGAAAGAAAAUUUCGUCUGUUUUGGAACAUCUGAACCGGAAAUGGGGAAACUGUAGCAUAGUAGCCUCCGGAGAACUAGUACUUUUCCCUUACAACAACGAUCAAAUAGAGAAAACGAUGAAUGAUCAUCAUCAGAGAUGGAGUCAAGAUUCAGUACAUUGUGCUGGUGAUAUACAUGGCUUGAUUGGUAGCCCUCCAGUUUUCCGCUUGAGGUAUGGCUGGAUUUCCAAAAAUAAACCAGCGUCAACAGAAGAGGAUAACAAGGACAAUUGGGGAUUAAGGAAUGAAACCUCCUUGUCAGUUGGGGAAUGGGCAGAUAGUCUUACUAAUAUAAGUGUGGGAGAUUUACUAUCAGAGGUGGUGUUUGAAGAUGUAAUUUCAAAUUAUGUUGAUCGGCCUCAAUCUAGAAACUGUCAAAACCUUGAGGAGCAGUUAUCCUUCAACUGCGAUUCGUUUGAUGCUGCAAUUGCUGCUCAUGUGCAAAAAUUUCAUCAGAAACAAACUAAUUUGGAACAUUCAAUCUGGGAUGCUGAAGAAACAUGUGAUGCAUUCUCCUUCCGGAAGAAUUCGUUUUCUCCUCAGAAUUAUGGAGAGAUUGGUGGAGUCAAUCAAUCAGGAUCUGACAUGCUUUCUGAGGAUUUGGUUAAUUUGGAGAAGCUUUUAGAUGACAAAUCUGUUGAUGAACAUAUCAAUUCUAAUGGAAAGUCUGCUAAUGAUCGCGGUUUUGCAAAUGAAGAUCUCGUAGACGAUUGUCCGUUAGAUUCACCCAUAAUGGAGAGUUCUUCAAAGGAUCUCAAUGGUCUUACUGAUAUAUAUUGGCCUGACUCUUUAGGACCACUAGAGUUGGAUUUUUGCCCUUGUGACAACCUGACUCUUUUGGACCACUAGAGUUGGAUUUUUGCUCGUCAAGAUACCACCACAAUGAAGAUGUAAUCUUGAGCAAUAGCCUUGGCAGCAUGAACAGACUUCUUCUUCAAAACAGUACAUAAGGAACAACACAACACUUGGAGUUGGAGCUCUUUUUGCCCUAACUUUGUUUUUGGGUGACAGUAAGAAGAGAAACGAAAAACCGAUGAUUAUAAAAAAAGGGUCAUGUCUACUCAACUACCGAUUUCUGCUAUUUUUGUACAAAUGAUAAAUCUCAAAACUCAUGUUUUAUGAGGAACAACUGUAUAACAAAUCUAUAAUCAAAUCAUUUGGUCUCUUGGGCCCUUUCACAUGGGAUUGUUUUCAAAUAAACUUUGGUGGAUAUGUCAGCAUCAAACAGUGACAGAUCUUGUUUUAUUUGUAGAAUUUGAUGCACAAGCUGAAGA